UUGGGAAUUUACACACAUGUCGAAUAAAAAAAUAUUUAUAUAUAUAUUACGAACUACAAAACACAACCUUCAGCCACUUGCGAGCCAAUGCUGCCAAGAUUUCGUAUAAAGUUGCAGCGCCUGAAAUCAAACUCUCCGACUCCGAAUCACCAACUCAAAUUUUCAACAACCCAUCUUGUAGAACACCCUCAAACCCAUCGAUCACCACUGCAAGAACUCUACUUCUACAACAAUCUACUGAAAAUAUGUUUGCAAGAAUGCAAGAAAAUCCAGUCCCGCCAAGUGCUCGACAGAAUGCCUCACAGACACAGUGCUUCUUUAAAGACGGCGAAAGCAAUUCACACUCGCGUCUUAACGUUUGGCAUUUCAAAAGAUGGGAAAUUGGGCAACUCCAUCUUGGAUUUAUACGCCAAAUGUGGCCACGCAGAUUACGCGGAAAAGGUAUUUUCGCACCUCCAGAGAAGGGAUGAAUUGGCGUGGAAUUCGAUUUUGAGUAUGAACUCUCGUAAAGGGUUGUUUGAAGAUGUUAUGGAUAAAUUCGCCUCUAUGUGGGGUUGUGGGGUGGUAGGUAAUCAGUUCACAUUUGCGAUUGUUUUGUCGGUUUGUGCUAAGUUGAUGGAUGCAGAGCUUGGGAAGCAAGUGCAUUGUGCUGUUAUCAAAACAGGGCUGGAAUCCGAUGCAUAUUGCGAGGGUGCGUUGAUUGAUAUGUACGCCAAAUGUGGUCAUCUGCUUUUGGCUAAGAGGAUAUUCGAUGGUGCGGUGGACCCUGAUACUGUUUCUUGGACCGCUAUUAUUUCAGGGUUUGCUCAAGCUGGUUCGACUACGAAGGCGAUCGAAAUCUUUGAGCAAAUGCAAAAUGUUGGUCUUGUUCCAGACACUGUAGUUUUUGUGACUGUUUUGAGCGCUUGUGUGGGGCAAGGAAGGCUCGAGGAAGCUCGUCAUCUGUUCGCUCAAAUGCCUAACCCAAAUGCUGUGGCAUGGAAUGUAAUGAUAUCUGGGUAUGCAAAAGCUGGUUACGUAGGAGAAGCUAUCGAACUUUUCAAGAAUAUGGUCAAAGCCGACGUGGGGCCCACACGUUCUACACUAGGAAGUAUAUUGAGUGCGAUUGCUGCUGUAGCUAACCUUAGAUACGGCUCGCAAGUACAUUCUUGGGCGGUGAAGCGUGGUCUCGAUUCCAAUGUAUAUGCAGGGAGUUCUUUAGUUAACAUGUAUGCCAAGUGUCGGAAAAUCGAGGCAGCAAAGGCAGUGUUUGAUGGGCUCGAAGGUAAGAAUGAUGUGUUAUGGAAUGCAUUGCUUGGAGGUUACGCUCAAAACGGGCACGCUCGUGAAGUUUUGGAGUUAUUCGCGAGUAUGAAAAUUUCUGGAUUCCGACCCGAUAAAUACACCUACACGAGCGUGCUGAGUGCUUGUGCUUGUUUAGGAAAUAAAGAUACAGGGCGACAGUUGCAUUCGGUUAUUAUCAAGAACGAAUUCGGAGCAAACUUAUACGUGCAGAAUUCAUUACUCGACAUGUAUGCCAAAUGCGGCUCUCUGAUUAUAGCGAGAAAACUAUUCGAGCGAAUUGGAAAUCGAGAUAACGUUUCUUGGAAUGCAAUGAUUGUCGGUUACGUGCAGGAAGAAAAGGAAGAAGAAGCCUUUUUCAUGUUCCGUCGGAUGAUGUCAGAGAUGACUUCACCCGACGAGGUGUCUUUAGCUAGUAUACUAAGUGCUACGGCAAAGAUGCAAGAUCUUUGCAAGGGUAAGCAAGUGCAUUGUUAUCUCGUCAAAUACGGCUUAGAGAAAAGCCUUUACGCGGGGAGCUCACUCAUCGACAUGUACUGCAAGUGUGGAAUAGUCGAAGCUGCAACUUUGCUUUUCUCUCACAUGCCCGAAAGAAGUGUCGUUUGUGUAAACGCUUUAAUUUCUGGCCAUGCUCAACUUAGCUUACGGGGGGCUGCAUAUAUAUUCAAGAAUAUGCUCUGUGAUGGGCUGAAACCCUCGGAAGUUACUUUCGCCACACUUUUGGAGGCGUGCUCCGAUAAUAUCGACCUGUAUUUCGGAAGACAAAUCCAUUGUUGUAUUGUGAAGCUUGGCUUUACAUACAACGACGAAUAUUUAGCCGUUUCUCUGUUGGGAAUGUACAUGACUGCUCGAAGAAACAGCGAUGCAACUAAUCUUUUCUCUGAGCUCCCGCAUCGAAAAAGCACGAUAAUAUGGACAGUUUUAAUAUCAGGAAACGCACAAAACGGAUGUGGAGAAGAGGCGUUAGUUUGGUACCAAGAAAUGCGCUGUCAUAACGCGAUGCCGGACCAAGCCACAUUUGCUAGCGUACUCAAAGCGUGCUCGAGUUUAUCUUCUUUAGAAGACGGUAGAAAAAUCCACUCUUUGAUCUUUUUUAUUGGUUACGAUAAAGACGAGCUAAUUGGAAGCGCCCUUGUGGAUAUGUACGCAAAAUGCGGUGACAUGGGAAGUUCUUCACGAGUGUUUAACGAAAUGAUUACCAAGGAAGAUGUGAUUUCGUGGAACUCGAUGAUUGUCGGAUACGCGAAAAACGGCUACGCAAAAAAUGCUUUGGAGAUUUUCGAAGAGAUGAAAAUGGCAAACGUGAGUCCCGACGAAGUCACUUUCCUCGGUGUGCUAACUGCGUGUAGUCAUUCGGGAAUGGUUUCCGAAGGGAGAGAGAUAUACGAUAGUAUGAUUAGGGUUUACCGGGUCCCACCAAGAGUGGAUCACUGUGCGUGCAUGGUGGAUCUUUUUGGGCGGUGGGGCUUUCUUGAUGAGGCUGAGAAGUUUAUCGAUGAGAUGGGCGUCGAGCCAGAUUCUAUGAUAUGGGCGACUUAUCUAAGCUCAUGUAGAUUGCAUGGGGAUGAUUUAAGGGGAAAACGUGCGGCGGAAAAGCUUAUUGAAUUGGAGCCGCAAAGUUCUUCGCCUUAUGUGCUGCUUUCGAAUAUACAUGCAGCGUCGGGGAAUUGGGACGGUGUUGAUCUUGUGAGGAAGAAGAUGACAGAGAAGGGAGUUACGAAAGUGCCUGGAAGUAGUAAAGUUUCUUUGGAUGUAGUCGGAUAAAUUGUGCAAUCGAUUCUCCUGCAGACAUGCCGACGGGUUGUAACACGCCGGUUCAGGGGUCGGAAGCGACGGGUCGACAAGAGGGAAUAUGCAAACCGGAACCGCGGGUUAUGGGGCCGAUUCUGGACCCAUUGGAUCCACCCGGUUCCGGGUUGUAUUUUUCAAUGUUUGUUUGU